AGAUGGACAGAUAUCCUCCACAUAUAUAUAAGUUCCUUUUGGGAGUGGAGAGGCACUUCUUGUUGUCAGAUACAUUGAGGCUGCAAAGGAGAUGUCUCAUAUGCAGACCAAAGCAUUGGAUGGAAAACAUCCAACCCAGAAGAACCCGAAUAAAGGGAGGUAUGGCCCAAGCCAUGGACACGGCUACGCUUCGCCACUGGACGCCAUGAAAGGCCCCAAAGAAAAACUGAUGUAUGUAGUGUGCGUUCUAAGUGGAACCAAGGCCCAGAAACCUGACUAUUUGGCCACGGUGGACGUGGAUCCGGAAUCGCCAACUUAUUGCAAGGUCAUCCACCGUCUGCCCAUGACUUACCUGGAUGACGAACUCCAUCAUUCGGGCUGGGGCGCCCCCGUCAGCUCCUUUGGGGACACCGGAAUUGAGCGCAACUGCCUCGUCCUCACAGGCAUGCUCUCCGGCCGUGUUUAUGUGGUGGACACGGGCUCCGAUCUGCGUGCUCCCAGCUUGCACAAAAUCAUCGAACCUCGAGAAAUCAUCAAGAAAACCAACUUGGGUUUGUUGUACAGCCCGCGUUGCUUAAGCAGCAGGGAGUUUUUGAUCAGCGCUGUUGGAGACGCAUUAGCAAAUGGAAGAGGUGGCCUUCUCGUUCUGGACCCGGAAACCUGGGAAGUGAAAGGGAACUGGGUGUGUCCGGAAGAUGGACCCAUCGGGAUAUUUGACUUCUGGUACCAGCCGCGGCACAACGUCCUGAUCAGCAUCGAAGCAGCGCAGCCCAAGUUCAUUAUCACUGGGUUCAGCCCAGACAAUCUGGGAAAAGGGCGCUAUGGCAGUCAACUCAAUGUCUGGGAUUUGACCACUCACUGCCUCCUCCAAUCGAUUGAACUGGGUGAAGAUGCGGCCCCAAUUGAGAUCCGCUUCUUGCAUAACCCCAACUCCGACCAUGGUUACGUGGCCUGCGCUCUGGAGAGCUCCAUCCAUCAUUUCUUCAAGAAAGAGGAUGGAUGCUGGGCGGCUGAGAAAGUGAUCCAAAUCCCAAACAAGAAAGUCACAGGAUGGUGCUACCCCGAAAUGCCAGCGUUCCUUUUCGAUAUCGUCAUUUCCAUGGAUGACCGGUUCCUCUACUGCAGCAACUGGUUGCAUGGUGAUGUCCGCCAAUACGAUAUCACAGACCCGCAUUGUCCCAAACUGGUUGGACAGGUGUUUCUGGGGGGCAGCCUUGUGAAAGGGGGUCCUGUAACUGUCCUUGAGGAUCCAGAGCUGGACUGCCAACCUGAUCUCUUUGUGAUCCAGGGCAAGAUAGUCCAAGGAGGGCCUCAAAUGCUUCAGCUGAGCUUGGACGGCCGCCGUCUCUAUGUCAACUACUCUCUUUACACGCCUUGGGACUACCAGUUUUAUCCCAAAUUGAUCGAGCAAGGCUCAGCAAUGGUCCAGCUGGACGUGGACACCGAGAAGGGCGGCCUUUGCGUGAACCCGGAAUUCCUGGUGGAUUUCGGGCAUGAACCGUUUGGUCCGGCUCGGGCGAAAGAGAUGCGCUACCCCGGUGGGGAUUGCACCUCCGACAUCUGGGAGUAGCAUGCAUCCAUUCCAAGUCGUCUUCAUAUCGGAAGGAGAAUCACUUAAGAAUUGGAACUUUUGUCCAACGCUUGCUGUUGUUACUCCUUGUUGUAAAUGUCAACAUGAGUAGCGUAUAUGUACAUUUUUCUCUGGGUGUCCUUGGGACUGCAUCCUGCCUGCUUCCUCCCUUCUCCAGCUCUGAAAGGGCCUAAAUCACAAUGUCUCCAUGGCAACUCUCUUGUGAUGGUAGGCAUGCUCUCUCUGUGGCUUCUUCUUUCCUUUCUCCCUUUACCUCAUAAGCAUUCAUGCUCUUUUCUUCCUUUCCUCCUUGCUUUUCCUCAUAAUUUUCCUUCUUCUUUCUUUCCUUUAUCUUCCCUUCUUUUUCUCUCACCUCUCUUCCUUCUCCCUUCUUUCUUCCCU